GCGCCUCGGCCAAGCUCCAUCUUCUUCUCAUAGAGUUAGCAGCUCUCUGCAUUGUAACUCUAGAUCGUGAAUGCUCCUGCAUGCUUUCUUCUAAGGGAUCCUAGGUGUUGUGAGGUUCAUACAAGGCGAACUGCGACUUGGUUGCACCUGCGAGCAUGGUUCUGACUAAAUCCACUGUCAAGCAAACGAAAGCGUAGUCUUAAAUAGCUUUAGCAAGCUGGAGUCUCCUGACAUGACUGCGAGAGAUGGUGCUGGCUCACUAAGCCAUAGAGCCGUUGGCACCACGGAGCGAAACACAGGCCUUGGAAGCGACGCUUACGACGUCAGUCCGGCGUCGUUGCUAGAUAUCGUAAGCUUGAGGUGGCGAAUGUUCCUCAUGUUCCCUGGUAGCUGGCUGGGGAUUAGCGAAACGCCGUUCCUGCAUCUCAAGAAGCAGCUGUCCGAAAUGUCUGACCAUUCGCCGCUUUAUCCGAAGCGGCUGUCGUUCACGCACGACUUGACACAGAGUCCACGAAGCAUCAAUCAGUGGAUGAGCUCGCCGUCCAAUCAGUCGCUUGUAUGCGCUCUCCUCGUGAGCGUCCUUCUGUUCUCCAUCGCCUUCGUCGUAUUCCAUCCCCAUCCUGACACUGACAAGCUGUCUCGCGAGCCGAGGACCAUCGAGAUCAUGAACGUGGACCUUUCAUCAAACAGGAAAUUCCGUGCUGCUCGUAUAAGCUACGACACUUCUCAGUCAUGGACCAUUGUGGAAGGUCAGCUAACGGCCAUUCUCGAAGAUCGCCCCCCUGACGACGACCCUGUGGCCUUGGAAGCCCGGCAAUUUCAAGAGAUGGCCAUUAUGACGGAAGCAUGAGAAUUUCAAGGCGAUUCUAGAAAAGCGCGCUUCACUGACGACCUUGUGGCCUUGGAGGCUCGACAAUUUCGAGAGAUGGCCAGUAUGAUGGAAGCAUGAGUUGCUGCGCUUCUCCUGAAAAACGCUCUACUGACGACGACCCUAUGGCCUUCCAGUGUGCUUGGCCCAAAUAACUUGCGGUCAGUGCUUCUGACACGCGUUGUCUGACACCUUAGAAACUGUAUGGUCACAGUAAGAAUGACCAUCCAGAGCGCUACUUCUUUUGUGCUUGUUCUAGUCUUGUGCUCUGUUUAGAUCUACUGUCAUGUCCAUACUUUAGGGCACCCCACUCGUGCUGCUAACAUGUGCUCCCGGUCAGUUUCAUCUGUUGAAUGACUUUCCCUUCGAUGGCAUGCCAUGACUGA